AGAGAGAGGGAGAGAGAGACAAACAGAAAGGGAGAGAGAGAGAGAGAGAGAAAGGGAGAGACAGAGUGAGAGAGAGAGACAAACAGAAAGGAGAGAGAGAGAGAGCGAGAGAGAGAGAUAGAGACAAUAUACAGAGGAAUAUAUUAUACUACUAUAGUAUUAUGUUGCUAUGCUCUAUACUCUUAUACUACUGUACUACUGUACUGUACUCUAUCUAAUAUCUAGUUAAUGUCAACGUGUGCUGCUUUCCUCGCUGCUGCUCUAACUCCGCCCUGACCGCGUCUUUCGUCAUCGUCACUUCCUGUUUCUCAUUAUUCAUCUCAUUUUCUCCGGUGUGUUCGUCUGACUGCUCAUGUUUUAUUAUGGCUCUGAUCUGAUGCUAGUUCUCACGCUGCUCAGCUCUCGGUUUCUGUUUCUGAUAUGGUUUAGUUUCAGGUGUUAGCAGUCCGGUUGUGCUUUGCGCUUUGCUCAGGCCGUUAUUAAGGCACUAGUACUGAAACAGUAAAUAUUACAUGUGUAAUUUGUUUACUCUGAGAAAGACCUCACACGAUUGCACAUGAACUGGUCACAUGGUUCCACCCAGUGCUCCUUCUUUUCCUCAGUAAUCCCAGAGUUAACCUGGUUCUUUCAGCUCUUUUAGUUUGUCAGCAUGAAGACUAACGUCACACACUUUCAUCACUCCACACAAUGAUGACAAUGAGCUCUUCUGACUGUGGUUACCACAACACACACACACACACACGCACACACACACACGCACACACGCUUUAACCCAGGAUGAAGACAAUGAGAGCAUAUCUCACAUGUGAUAUGGACUAAAGUUUACAGCUGCUUCACUUUCAGUUCAGGAGCGUUUGAUACGGAUGUUUGUGUUUGAAUCUUUUUUUUGGAAAAUCUUAAAUAUGGAUGCUUACAGUACAGACGCAGAAUAUCGACCUUCUGCUAUUUAGCUAACACAAAAUAUAUGAACUGUAACUAUCAUAACUGAACAUAAGAGUGUUAGAGUAGAAAGAUUUAGGGUGAUAACACAAAAGUCCUUGUUCUCCUUUACAAUCUUUAAGAAAGGUUCCUCAAAGCUUCUAUGAAUGGUUACUGGUUCUAGCUUUCUAAAGUUGUUCUACACAGAACAUUUUCUGAAGCAUUUUAUUCCUAAUCCCUGCAGCUGCUGCUGUAAUCGUAAAGCCCAGACUCUUAGGACUCUUAUUCACAAUCUGCUCAUACUGAACAUCCUGUAACACUCAGUGCCGUGUGUCUUUACUCUUCUACACCAGUAUGCUGUAAUAAUUUAUCAUCACGCUAUCCGGCGUCAGCCAGAAGACCAUGGGCUCUGUUCUGAGUCUGGUUCCUCUUGAUGUUUCUACCGCAUGUCGUUUCAGGGAGUUUUUUUCUCUUCACUGUCGCCUCUGGGAUCUAAAUCUACAUUCAGAUUUCCUAUAAAACCGCUACAGGAAUAAAAGUGUAGGCGAACUGUUGAGGGACGAACUGUAGCUCCCUUUAGGCUGCUGGAUUUCUGAGAGACUUUCCAGCUCUGAAUGUGUUCAUUUUAAUGAAAAGUGUUUUGUUCAUUUUUACAGCUUGUGUUUCUGCAAUAAUCUUAGCACUAAUCCAAAUCUUUACUUCAUAUAGAGCUUUAUUUUGUCAGCAUGUGUGUGGUGUUUCUUUCUGCUCUUAAACACACACUCAGCGUCUGUUCAGACAACUUCAGACAUGUUCCUAAAUCACUCAUUUAUCCUUUCAUACACACACACACACAUGUUCAGAAACUCCCGUCUGCAGUGUACAGUGUACAUGUGUGUGUGUGUGUGUGUGUGUGUGUUUCUGCCCUUUUCUAAAUCAUUUAAAGCAUUAGUGUUCAUAUUUCUCUGCUUUCAGUGAAACGGUGAUGAACACAUCCGUUUCUUCACACUUCUCCACAGAUAAUUUCGGGUUUCAGCAGAGCUUUUACACUCGGCUGCUCUGACUCAGUGUCUUUGUCUAAUCUCUCACGCUGAGGAAACGUCUCCCCCGCAGUCAGACAGACAUGAUGGCCGUCUGUGUCUCUGUCCGAGAGUGUGUGUGUGGCUGGCUGGAGCAUUUAAAAACCGUCCACCGGCUCCUUCACACCACAGAACCCUCACCGGCACAGCGGGACUGAAGAGCUGCUCACAGGAUGAUGAUAAUGGAAAUGCAGUUGGCUGUGCUGCUGCUGUGUGUGUUGAGGAUCACUGAAGGAUUUCCUGUUUCCUCACAGCUGAGUUUGGCUCCGCCCCAAUCCUCCCCUGGCUACACCCUCCUGGUCCCUGUUACGGUUCUGGGCUCGAAUGGACCACAGGUGGUUCUGGUACCAGUGAGCAGUGACUGGAGAACACAGAGGAACCAGAACCCGACAGCUCAGUCUGAACAGACACACACACACACAGAACCCGAGCAGCAACAUAUGACGAGUCAGAACUUGUUGGAGAAUCAGAAUGUAAACAGUCCGUUCCUGCAGCUACCAACAGUCUCGCCUGACACACCCACACCUGAGAAUCCCCUCCCACAGGGACAGGUGUUGCCAGUGUGGAACUCCAUUCCUGGUGUGGUCCCUCUGCAGCCUGGAGUGAACGGGCAGCCGUUUUUCCCUGUGUGGGCGCCCCCUGCUGGAGGAGCAGCUGGAGGACAGAGACAGGUGGUGUCUGUUGCUCGGCCAGCAGCGCUGUCCAAUUCAGCAAGCUCAGAGGAGGGAGAUGCGCAGGUGAUCUACAUUUUGCCGAUUAGUGCUGAGAUUCCGAACAUGGGAAUAAUGGAGGGUGGACAGGGGGGCGUCGAUCCUGAACUCACCCCUGACCUUAACCCCAAUGCUAACCUUCACCUUAAACCCGACACUAACCCUAAUCCUGACCCUAACCCGGGUCACCUGCAGCUCCAGUCCACCCCUGCCCCCAGUCCCGCCCCUGGCCCCGCCCCUCGCCCCGCCCUUCCUGCAGGUGUCCAGGAAACAACUGACCCUCUAGGAAAAGCGCCCCCUAGUGUCGGUGCAGGUCAGAGGACACAAACAGGAGGCGCUACAACUUCCUGUAACCACAAGGGUGGAGCAGCUAAUGCUAAAGCUAACACACCAUUGCUGUAACACACACACACACACACACUCACACACGCGUGUGUGAAUAGCACUCAACAGUAUUUCUUUGAUUCUGAUGUAUUUCGAUGCCCCACAUUUAUUUGUUCCUAAAUUCUAAUUGAAAUUAUGGAAUUGUAAUAAAAUCAGUCUGUAAACUGUCACAUGCUAAUUUCAUUCAUUUGAAUUAUUUAAAUAAGAUAAUGAUGUUCCAGUGAUGGGUUCCAUUUUUGGUGUUUGUUAAU